AUAAUAAUACACACUAAUAAUUUUUAGUGGCCUUAGAAGACACCAAAUUGAUGUGUCGCUAGAUUACUUAUUGGACAACAGCUGUUGCCCGGGCAAGUACCACUUACAGGAUCCCAUACACAUGGAUUCCAUACUCCCAUAUCAAUAUAUAGGGUUAACGUGAAAUAUGUGCGUAACUUUAUAGCGUGAUGUCUACGAAGUGUCCUGAGAAAAAGUCAAAUGACCAGCCCUAUUCCCACCUACGGGAUCUCCUAAUACUGCUAAUACUAUCAGUUGCGCUGUACGUAGUAACGGCAGUAACUUUGACCAAAGCUGCAGCACUUGACUUACCAUACGUCACGAAUUACUUGGGCUGUGCUGCCUUCCUUCUGGGCUCCAUAGCAUACAUCUUUGUGCCGUUUGUACAGGCCUAUAAUAAGGCAUCAUCUUGUAAUCCACCUAAACAAGGUGAAAAAGGAUCGCAGCCGUAAGAGUUAGAUAUUCUAAGGCAUCGCUUCGGGGUGUUCACGAAGUUACUGUUAUACAUGUGUCUGUAGCAGUUGAUUACGUUGCUGCAAAUAUGUGACUUACUAGAUUAGGCGGGGCUACAUUCAACACUGUUAUGUUAUCCUACGGAAGCUGGAUAUUGCAUCAAUUUCACGCUAUGUUGCUGGAUAACAGUGGAGAACACGCUCAAAACUCUGACAACACAAAGUCAUGCGCGAGGAAGUUGAACAACGCUACCAGGCAUUAUUGAAAGACAGCUGUAUGCCACUAUAGAAGAUGCUAGAACAAUGAAAGCAUAAGUUAAAUGAAUGCUGUGUAAAUGUACCUAAAACUGGGAAGAUUGGCUGACUAACCAGGACACGUUAUGCUUUGAUGCAUCUCCCAAAAGGGAUUUAAUGGGUUCAAUUAGCACCCGCAUUCACGGAAUGUUGUAUGAAAAAAUGGGCAUUAAGGGCAAUCCAAAUAUAUAAAUAAACGGGAUAUGACCUAUAGUAUGUGGAAAUAUCGUUAUUACAUUUACAGAAUAGACAUUGUACAUUGAGAAAUAACAGCAACUUGGGAUCUAUUAUAGUCAUGUUUGAUGAGGGAACGAAGUGUCUUUUCUGGUUAAACUGCGGAGUCUGGGAGGAUAAACGUUGAGUGUCAAAGUAAAUGUUGACAUAGAGACUAAUAGAGUCACU